GCCACUGCCUUCACACGUGAAGCCUUCGGCGUCUCAGUUCGUUUGGUCAAUUGUAUAAAACCCUGAAGUCAAUUCUCGCCUUCCAUUUACAAAUAAUUAGUAAAUUAAAAUAGCUUUUGUUCAUUUAAAAUGUUCAGAUGAAUGCCGAUAGCGUCAGGGGUAGUCAACUUUGGUGUGUGUUAGUUACGUAACUGUUCCGGGGAAAAUCAAUAUCCGAGUGGUAUUAAUAGCAGGGUUGAGAACAGCUGGCCGGUAGCCAGCCAUGCAGCCUUCGAGGAUGCGCCGGCCUCGUCGCCACCGAUGGCUGGUGGUGUCAGUGUUCUUCAUUGCAUAUUCCGUCUUCCAAGCCGUAUUGGGUAAACCCUCCGAGCCUGGACCUUCUCCAGCUAGUGAUAUAGUUUCGCCACCUGUUACACGCCUGGCUACAGAACAGAAAGAAGUGGAACAGAGAGUAACACCAGAAAUUACAAAAAAAGAAGAGGAAAUAAAAGCUACAGAGGGAGGGAAGAAGGCAAUGAAGGGCCUUCACGAAGAAGAAGAUGACGAAGGUGAAAAGAAGAAACAAAAAGAUGCGGGCUAUGUUGACGACAAAGAGACGGAAGAGAUCCGGAAAGAGGAGAUAUUGGAAGAAAUGGAAGAAGCAAUAGCUACUGUACAUCCACUUAGGAAUUGCACUCCUCCCGCAAUUGAGCAGUUCCCGCAUCCGCUCAUGGGUCAGAACGCUCGAAAGCAUGGUGGUCUGAUCCUCCACGUCAUCGUGGCUGUUUUCACCUUCAUCGGUUUAGCCAUUGUAUGUGACGAGUAUUUUGUGAGCAGUCUUGACAGAAUUUGCGAAGAGCUGCAGCUGACUCCAGACGUAGCGGGUGCAACCUUUAUGGCUGCGGGUAGUUCCGCACCAGAACUUGCUACCGUCGUCAUAGGAGUAUUUUGCGCGCAAGAUGAUAUUGGUGUGUCGGGUGUCAUUGGCUCAGCGGUAUUUAACAUAAUGUUCGUGAUCUCUGUAUGUGCUUUAUGCGCUGGUACAGUUUCUCAUCUUAACUGGUGGCCACUAUGCCGCGACUGCUUCUUCUACGCUAUCUCAAUUUUGGUGAUGCUGUGCACCAUCGCAAACAAUUAUGUGUCCUGGCCGGAAGCUUUAUUCAUGUUGAUAAUGUAUGCCGUGUACUGCGUGGCUUUGCGGUUCAACACGGCAUUAGAGGCGUGGGUGUUGACUUGGCCAUUGCCUUUCAAACUACCAACGCGGGAAGAACAGGCAGCACUCGUCACAUACAAGAGCGGAGUACCAGCUCCGGUGCCUGGUGGCACUUCACCCUACACCAACGUGGAAGGAGAACAAAAGGAAUCAUCAUCCGAACCAGCCCCGUAUAACCCUAGCGGUGCAUAUGAGAACGCAGCGUAUCACGCUGAGCAGGCCCCCGUUUGGGACCCCAACUCCACUUGGGACCCUAACAAUGCCUGGGACCAGGAGACAUCAAUGCAACAAAAUCCAUCAAACCAAGGCUGGGGUGCGAUGAACCAACAACAACAGCAGCAGCAACAACAGUCUGCACAGACCCCAUCAACACCCGGACAGGAACAACAGCCACAACAAACACAGCAGCCCGCAGUUCCUGCUUACUAUAAAGCAAAGGAUUACAACCCUGAUACAGCCGUCAACCCACUUAUAAAGCCUGAAGGAGCAAAUCCGGUACAACUAGUCUGCUGGUAUGUGGCCUUCCCCGUCCACUGGACAUGCCGACACACGAUGCCCGAUCACCGUGGGCCCUGGUACCCAGUUACCUUUAUCAUCUCCAUGCUGUGGAUCUCUUUCUACUCCUACUUUAUGGUCUGGAUGAUUACUGUUAUUGGGUACACUCUUGGCAUCCCAGACACAGUAAUGGGACUGACAUUUGUAGCAGCUGGUGUUUCGGUGCCUGACGCAUUAUCCUCGCUGGCUGUUAUUAAGGAGGGCUAUGGUGAUAUGGCAGUAUCAAACGCAGUUGGGUCCAAUGUUUUUGACAUUUUGGUAUGUCUUGGCUUGCCUUGGUUCAUUCAAACAGCCAUCAUACAACCCGGAAGUCACGUCAAUGUCAUCAGCAAAGGUCUGAUAUACUCUACCCUAUCGCUAUUCUCUACGGUUAUCUUCUUAGUGCUUGCAACACACGCCAAUGGCUGGAAACUGGAUCGCAAAUUUGGUGCAGUCCUAAUGGUAUGGUACUUACUUUUCAUCACGCUCGCCAGUCUCUACGAGUUGAAUAUCUUUGGAGACUUCCACCCACCAGACUGUCUUUCAACUUAUUAAGUCCAAAAGCCUCAUCCAAAACUUUUGAUUUUAGGCGAAAUGACUUGGCCGGUACCUAUGCGACAUCAUAUUCGUCCAUCUUACAAAUAACUAACGAGCGGCUACCGUCUAAUUGAAUUUUAAAUAUAAUUUAUAGACUAUAAUUUCACAAAAACCGUUAAACUGCUUGUGAAAUACACUUUAUAUUAUUUGAUGACAGCUCUAUAAAAAGUGGAUUGAGCACCUUUAUGCAGUCAAAUGAACGAUGUUAACAUGACACUGAGAACUAACUUUAUAUAUUUUUUGAUAUUGAGAAAGUGAUUUCAUUACAUAAAAAUACUCAUUAGAUAUUGAUUCUUUUAAACGACUUAUUAGUCAUUAAUAAUUGCAACCCCAUAUUUGUUUACACAACAAUUCACUAUUUAGAUAUGAGUUGUAUACGUAACAUACGGGCUAUAGUAAUUCAGUUCAAGUUAGGUAUAUACCAGCUUUGCGUGCUUGACGAUUCUAUGUAAGAAAAUACAUUUAGUAAUUAGUAAAUUUUUAAUUUGGUUAAAAGUGUUUGGGCAACAUCAAAUUUGAGCGUCUGUGUUUCACUUUUAAAAAAAAUGAAUUUAUAUAAACGUGUAUUGUCUACAAUAACAUUUUAUCGACAAUAAUAGUUAGUAAUUAUUAUUUGUUAAUGUUAAUUGUAAAACACAUAAAUUUUUGAAAUAUCAAUUUGAAAUUUAAUGUUUAACAAUUUGAUGUUUCUUUAGAGUAGUUAGUGUUCCCAUAUUAAUUGUAACCUAAACAUCCAUACAUACAUUGCUACAAGUUACGCGUUCUUAAUAGUAUAUAAAGUAAGAUCAAUCAUGUCCCUUAUCAAGUGGCAUAAGAUCCUGGAGCGACUGUAAAGAAUAACAUUUAUUUCACGUAGUUUUAAUAUGGGAACCGGUUAGAUAUUUACCUAUGUUCGCACAAAAUGAAGAGUUAUUUAUUUACACUACGAGACAAGAUAUACAGAACACACUCAGAAAUUAAUACAUCGACAAAAGACGAAUUAUAUUAUGCUAGCAGACAA